AUGGUAACAUUUGUUGUACGAGAGCUUCAUGUGUCAUUUACACGAUAUGCAUUGUUUACGACACUUACUAGUGUGUAUGCUAUGCUGGGAUCCAUCACUGCUGGUAUAUUGGCGGACAAAAUUGGUCGCAAGUAUACCAUUGUUGCUUCAGGAUUUAUGUUUUUAUGUGGUGCAAUAAGCAUAUGCUUCGCCGCAUCUUACAAACUAGUGAUCAUUAGUUGGUUUUUUACUGGAGGUGAAUUUGGCAUUGGGCUUCUCAACACCCCCCUACACAUUGUUGAGAUCUCUCCUCCAUCUAUACGAGGUUUUCUCAUCUCUUUACUCGAGUUUAUGAAAGAUUAA